AUGGGCCAGCAGGACCGUGACGCUCCAACACAAAGGGCGAGGGGUGGAAGAUUCAGGCCGCGCUUAGGAUCCAUCCCGAUAUGGACUAGCGCACGCAGUGCUCCAAUCCGAAAGGGGCCCUUUUUCGAAGAAAGCUGUCCCAAGUGGCUUUUAUUUUCGCAUUAUUUGGGCAUCCGGCUGGCCAAUCAAGGGCUAGUCUGGCUAGCCCUGCGACGGACUUGGGAAGGUUUGGCUCGCACCCGUCUGAUAGGCGGCCUGUCAUUUAGUCACAAGCCGAGGGCUUUGAGAUUUGAGGAGCCGGCUGCGGCCGAAGCUGUGGAUACCAAGUUGUGCCAGCCCUUGAUGACUUCAUCAGUUCUACUGGCUUCUACUGCUGCACAGCCCGAGCUUACCGAAGGCAUCUCAUCUGACCCCCUUGGAUCCGAACGCAAAUUACAAGGCACUUCAAUGUCAUCUAAUGGGCUGAAUAAUUUACAAAUUUUGGUCUCUCAGGUCAAGCAAGAAACUCGAAUUUCUUGCAUCUGUAUUUCUUCUACUGAUAUGGGAUUAUCCCACCAAGUUGGCGCACAAUCGUCCAUCGAUAGCAUAAUGAGCGAGUCGCUGAUGUAA